CAAAUCUCUCUAACACUCGCGACUUCAUCAUUUCCUUUAAUUGUUUGCAUAUUCAUAGUAAAACGAUUAUACCCAACAUCACAAUUAGAUUAGGGGACGAAAACCCAUCAGUUUAAUCAACCAAAAGAAAGUAGUUUUUUGUUAUAUUUAUUGCUAAAUUCAUGUGCUAUGUUCUUGGGAUUUUAAGCCUGUUUAACUUGAUUUUUAAUUUAUUCUAUAGAGUGAAAUAGUAGUGCGUUCAAUAGAUGUUGUUCUACCGUUUUUGGGGUUUACUGGAGUGCUCUGUUUUUAUGGUGAAUUAUGCUUAUAUUUUAUGAACAUGUCUUAGUUUUUGUUUGAGUUCAUAAUUAGCAUCAAUUUCGAUGUCUUAAGCAUCUAUGUGAUCGAAAAAAUUAAUGAAGCUAAAUGUUUAGUUGUAGAUUCAUUGUUAUGCUUCAAAUUGAUUUAUCGUAGUCAUAUUAUUAUGAGGGAUUUUGACUUCUCCAUACACAUUAAGAAUAAAGACUUAACAUACAAACAUUCCUAGUUCAAAUUUAAUUUCAAGAAAUUCAUGAUAUUUGCUUGGACCUUAACCUUUAACAUUCUCAGUUUGAUGUGGUGAUGGGACCUAUUCACUUAAUUGGAGGGGAAUCGAGAUAGACCCACAAAAUGGCAAAUGGCUAGCAUGUAUUCUAGCUCUGUUUUUGGCCCACUACUAUGAAAAAAUGCACUGGGAUAAUUAUUAGGUCAUCAAACUUUGAUGUUAUUAUGAUUUUUCCCAGAAAAUAUGUAUCAAUAUUACAUGCGACACUGUAUGUUAAUGUGUUCUUAUGCUUCCAUUUUGCGGAGUUCUUUUUUGUGCAGAGAUGACAUUCACAUGAUGUUGAAAGAAAAUGUAAAGUAUAGGAGAAUGCAUACGUAUGAUACUGGAAUAAUCUAGGCAGGUUCCUGUCGAUGCCGAUGGAGCCAGGAUCUGGCACCUUAACUUCUCGAAACCCUUCGCAGUUUUUCUUGAAUCUAUCACGGAAUUUAUUGUUGGCAUAUCAAAGCUUCGGUGUGGUAUAUGGAGACUUGAGCACUUCACCUCUUUAUGUCUAUAGAAGUGUGUUUGUCGGCAAUUUGCCGGAUCAUCAAACUCCAGAAGUUAUAUUUGGGGCAUUUUCGUUGAUAUUUUGGACGUUAACUCUAAUCCCUUUGCUAAAAUAUGUGUUUAUCGUAUUGAGUGCCGAUGAUAAUGGUGAAGGUGGAACCAUUGCUCUUUACUCACUACUCUGCAGGCAUGCUAAGUUCAGUUUACUUCCGAAUCAACAAGCAGCUGAUGAGGAGUUGUCAUCUUAUAAAUAUGGUCCUUCACGGCCUCCGUCACCUUCACCACUGAAGAGGUUUUUGGAGAAACAUAAAAAAUUACGCACAUCUCUACUUAUUGUUGUAUUAUUAGGAGCGGCCAUGGUUAUCGGUGAUGGUGUGAUUACUCCUGCAAUUUCUGUUAUGUCGGCAGUAUCAGGACUUCAAGUUCAAGGUGUGGGAGUAGAGCUAACUCAUGGGGGAGUUCUAUUAUUGGCAUGUGUGAUAUUGAUUGGCUUGUUUGCUUUGCAACACACCGGUACUCAACGGGUGGCAGUUGUCUUUGCUCCUAUUGUUAUUUUAUGGUUGAUUUCAAUAUUUGCUAUUGGGUUAUAUAAUAUCUUACAUUGGAACCCAAAGAUUGUAUAUGCAUUAUCUCCACAUUAUAUAAUCACAUUCUUUAGACAGACCGGCGGAGAUGGUUGGCUGUCACUCGGGGGUGUUCUUCUCUCCAUAACAGGUACUGAAGCUAUGUUUGCAGAUCUUGGCCACUUUACCGCCUUCUCAAUAAGACUCGCAUUUGCCCUUGUGGUAUACCCAUGUUUGGUUAUACAAUACAUGGGCCAGGCCGCUUACUUGUCUAAAAAUGUUACUUCAAUUCCCGAAAGUUUCUACAAAUCUAUACCCGAACCGGUAUUUUGGCCAGUGUUUGUUAUAGCUACUCUAGCAUCUAUUGUGGGAAGUCAAGCUAUCAUUUCAGCUACCUUUUCUAUAGUGAAGCAAUGCCAUGCCCUUGGUUGUUUCCCGAGGGUCAAAAUUGUCCACACGUCGAAACACAUGUUUGGCCAGAUUUAUAUACCAGAAAUCAACUGGAUCCUCAUGGUUCUUACUCUUUUGAUCGCUGUUGGAUUCCAGGACACUACACUAGUUGGCAAUGCAUAUGGCCUUGCAUGCAUGACAGUUAUGUCCAUCACAACUUUUCUCAUGGCACUUCUUAUAGCAUUCGUGUGGCAAAAAAACGUUUUAGUUGCUACGCUCUUCCUUGUUGUUUUUUGGAUCAUAGAAGGUAUCUACCUCUCAGCCGCAAUCAUGAAAGUUCCUCAAGGAGGUUGGGUCUCUCUUUUACUUGCCUUUGUCUUUAUGGUCAUAAUGUAUGUGUGGCAUUAUGGUACCCGUAAAAAGUACAACCAUGACCUCCACAAUAAAGUUUCGUUAAAAUGGCUUCUCGGGCUGGGACCCAGCUUGGGUAUUGUGCGUGUUCCCGGGAUUGGCCUAAUUUACUCGGAACUUGCCACAGGCGUCCCUUCGAUUUUCUCACAUUUUGUCACGAAUUUACCUGCUUUCCACAAUGUUCUGGUGUUUGUGUGCGUGAAACAUGUCCCGGUGCCUUAUGUCUUGCCCGAAGAACGUUUUCUUAUUGGCCGUAUCUGCCCGAGACCUUACCGUAUGUAUAGGUGCAUCGUUAGAUUCGGGUAUAAAGACAUCCAAAGAGAUGAUGGGAACUUUGAGAAUCAACUGAUUCAAAGCAUAGCAGAGUUCAUACAGAUGGAAGCUGUGGAACCUCAGUUCUCAAGCUCUGAGAACACAUCGUUUGAUGGUCGAAUGGCGGUCAUAAGCACCAGGUCGAACGCUACUUUGCUCGUCUCUGACCAAUUGGACUCAACCAGUUCCAUACAAAGUAGCAAAUCUUCAAUGCUACAGCGUUUAAGAUCCGAUUACGAUGACGAAAACCCGCAAGUCCGACGACGACAAGUGAGGUUCCAGCUGCCGCCAUCCGGUCCGGCAAUGGAUGCUGCAGUUCGAGAUGAGCUUUUGCAGUUGAUACAGGCUAAAGAAGCCGGAGUUGCAUACAUAAUGGGACACUCGUACGUGAAGGCUAGGAGGUCGUCUUCUUACUUGAAGAAGCUCGUGAUCGAUAUCGGGUACUCGUUUCUUCGAAAAAAUUGCAGGGGCCCUGCGGUUGCUCUUCAUAUUCCUCAUAUAAGCUUGAUUGAAGUUGGGAUGAUAUAUUAUGUUUAGGAUCUUGUUAUAGGUUCAGCUUCAUGUUCUUGGUUGGUGUUGAAUGCAUCUUCUUACUUAUAUUCUUUUGUAUGCAAUAAUAUGAAAUUAUUGUUUUGUACCCAUUUACUUUGAAUUUUUCAACAAAAUAUAUAUGGGAAUAGUUUGUUUGAAUUUUCAAA